CAACAAAUCCCAACUAUUGAGUGACCGAAUUUCUGAAAUAAACCAAGCAUGAUCAUUAAUAAAUCUCUAUUUAACAUUUUCUAAAAUCCUCAAAAACAUUCUUUGAAUCAAGAAAGUCAAAGCUGUGUGGUUAGAAUUGGGCUCAAAAGCCCCUAAUCUAGUAUGGACGGAUCGAAACAAGGCAUGCUUCAUUGGUUCUGCACCGUUGAGCUUAAACGUCUUCUGUCAUUCCAUCUGGGAGGAAGGGAAUUGGGAAGGAGCUAAUGCCGGUUGCCUUUUUUGAUGCUUUGGAUUAACCAAGUCUCAUGGACUCUCCAACGUUUCUGCCACCUCUUGAAAACCUGCAUUGCCCAGAGAGACCUCUUGACGGGCAAAUCCCUUCAAACGCUGCACAUCAAGUCUCUCCUCCCCCCUUCCACUUACCUCUCCAACCAUUUCAUCAUCCUCUACUCCAAGUGUGGCCGUCUCGCCGCCGCCCGCAGCGCCUUCGACCUCACCCCCAACCCAAAUGUCUUCUCUUUCAAUGCCAUUAUCUGCGCUUAUGCAAAAGAGUCGCACACUCACAUCGCCCACCAGCUGUUUGAUCAAAUUCCCCAACCGGACCUUGUCUCGUACAACACUCUUAUCUCCGCCUACGCCGACCGCGGCGAGAGCGUGCCGGCGCUUCGCCUUUUUUGUGAAACGAGAGAGAAGGGUUUUGACAUGGAUGGGUUUACUUUGUCUGCAGUGAUCACGGCGUGUUGUGAUGAUAUUCUGUUGAUUAAAAUGGUGCAUUCGUUGGCCGUGUCAGGUGGGUUUGAUUAUUAUGUUUCGGUGAACAAUUCCCUACUCACGAAUUAUAGCAACAAUGGGUUCUUAGACGAGGCAGCGCAGAUUUUUAAAGGGAUGGAUGUGAUCAGAGAUGAGGUUUCUUGGAAUUCUAUGAUUGUAGCAUAUGGUCAACACCGGGAAGGAUCAAAAGCCCUGGCGCUGUUUCAGGAAAUGGUUCAACAGAGUUUGAGUAUUGACAUGUUCACUUGGGCGAGUCUUGUCACGGCAUUUACAUGCCUGGAAGAUCUAUCUGGUGGGCUUCAGUUUCAUGCUCAAUUUAUUAAAAGUGGCUUUCAUCAGAAUUCCCAUGUUGGCAGUGGUUUGAUUGACUUGUAUUCCAAAUGCGGGGGUGGUGUAUCAGAUUGUAGGAAAGUAUUUGAAGAGAUUCCUGCGCCAGAUUUGGUUCUUUGGAACACAAUGAUUUCUGGGUACUCCCAAAAUGAGAAAUUCUCUGAAGAGGCUCUUCAUUGUUUUCAGCAGAUGCAACGCGAGGGCCAGCGGCCCGAUGAUAGCAGCUUUGUAUGUGUGAUCAGUGCAUGCUCCAAUUUGUCAUCUCCAACGCAGGGGAAACAGAUUCACUCAUUGGCACUCAAAUCCGACAUUCCAUCUAAUCGAAUAUCAGUGAACAAUGCCCUGAUUACAAUGUACUCAAAGUCCGGAAAUCUAUGGGAUGCAAGAAAACUAUUUGAUAGGAUGCCAGAGCAUAACGCAGUCUCUUUAAAUUCAAUGAUAGGAAGUUAUGCACAACAUGGGAUUGGAACAGAAUCUUUACUUCUUUUCCAGCAGAUGCUCCAAACAGAUAUUAUCCCUACAAAUAUAACCUUCAUCUCUGUCCUUUCUGCAUGUGCACACACCGGCAAAGUUGAGGAAGGUUGGAAGUAUUUCAAUACAAUGAAAGAGAGAUUUGGUAUUGAACCAGAAGCAGAGCAUUAUUCAUGCAUGAUUGACCUAUUGGGUCGAGCAGGCAAACUCAGUGAUGCUGAGAAGCUCAUUGAAACAAUGCCGUAUAGCCCAGGACCGACCGGGUGGACUGCAUUGCUUGGUGCCUGUAGAACACAUGGGAACAUGAAGCUAGCCAUUAAGGCAUCCAACCAGUUGCUUCAGCUGGAACCUUCUAAUGCUGCUCCCUACAUUAUGCUUUCACACAUGUAUGCCAGUGCUGGCAGAUGGGAAGAGGUAGCAACAGUUAAGAAACUUAUGCGAGAUAGAGGUGUGAGAAAGAAACCGGGAUGUAGUUGGAUUGAGGUGGACAAGAAGACUCAUGUUUUCGUAGCUGAAGAUGGUUCACAUCCAAUGAUAAAGCAAAUUUAUAAGUACUUGGAAGAGAUGUCUAGGAAGAUGAAGCGAGCGGGAUAUGUGCCAGAUUUGAAAUGGUCUUUGGCCAGGGAUGAUGGAGCAGUGGAAGGAGAAAAAGAGAUGAGGUUGGGACAUCACAGUGAGAAGCUAGCAGUUGCAUUUGGGCUAAUCUCAACAAAAGAUCAUGAGCCUAUAAUUGUGGUGAAAAACCUUAGGAUAUGCGGCGAUUGUCAUAGUGCCAUGAAAUUCAUUUCUGCCAUUGCUGGAAGAGAGAUCACAAUCAGGGAUGCUUACAGGUUUCAUUGUUUUAGGGAAGGCAAGUGCUCUUGUGGAGAUUAUUGGUGAUUAAUUGUGACCUUACAAGGCUAUGUUAUUUCCCAUGGCGAGACUUCAAUGACCUCAGAAGCAAGAUUGUGCAUUGGUUUCUGCUCCAGGCUCAUGUCAGCGAAGAGGAAGCUGAUUCAAAAUUUUGUUCUGUCAAAGUUUUCUCUGUGCCUGGUCAAAUUUUACCUAAUAUUUCAUUUUUUUUAUUUUACUUUACCAUGUUACUCUUAUUUUUAUUCCAUUUAUUUUGCUUAUAAGAGUUGGCCCUGACUGGGGGGAUUCUGGAUGUACUGAUUUUUUUCUGAUGGAUAGAAUGGACCGUAAUGUUUCCAAUUGUUUUGAUUUUGAGACU